AUGCCGGCGGCACCUGCAUGGCUCCUCCUGGCGCUGACUCUGGGCCUCCGCGUUUCCACGGCUGCCAGAGAUGCCAAUGCUGACAUGACGACUGCUGAUGCAGAUGACCUCCGGAGGAGGGCAGCUGCCAGUGUCCGCCAGCAUCUGAGCCAGCAGAUGGCUGCCGUGAAGGUUCAGGCAAAGAAGUUCAGGCGGCACUUGGGCCAUCACGGGCCAACUCGCAAAGGAGUAGCUGCCAUCGACCCGGAUGAAGAUGCACAGGCCAUGCUCAGCGCCUGCGGGUCGGAGGACUUCGGCUCGGGCUCCGAGGCCCUGAGCCGUGUCCGCCGCUGCGCCACCGAGCUCCAGAGCUACGCGCAGCUUUCAAGAAGAGGGCUUCAAGGCACGCUCCAGGCCGAGGAGGUCUUCGUCGCCGAGUAUGAGAAGGCGGCCAAGUUCCUGGCGAUGCUCGGGGACACCAGCUCCUUGUGGGACAAUGUCCAGAAAGACCAGCAUGCUGCGCUGUCAUACCUACUGAGCGACGCGAACAAGGCAGACUCCACGGCGCGAGGGCUGAAGAUCUUCGGGGCCCUGCGGCCGACGACGACUCAGCCCAGGCUGCCCUUUGAACUGGAAGACAGCGAAGGCGAGGAGGACAGCGAGGAAGACGAGGCCGAGGAUGAGGAGGAGUCCGAGGUGGAAGGAAGUCGAAUGCCAGUUCUGAAGACCACCCACCCACCCCGCAUUUUGCUGCAAGUGCUGCUGUGCGCCCAGCUCUGCCCUCCCACGCCCGCUCCUCCCGCUCCCCCUGAUGGCGCAGAGGAUGUUGCCACUGGUAGUGACCGCGAUUGUCAAUGUCGCCUUGGUAUCCGGGAGCACAUCGUCCGGAUCCUGACUGCGCACGCAGUGACCUGCAACGUGACCGAGUCGGCGUGCGAUGGCGGCAACAUGUGGUAUGCUCCCGGGUACGUGUCUCCGCGGAGUGGCUGCUGCCAUUGCCAGGCAUCCUGUGAGAACGUGUCGGACAGCUGCAGCUACUACGACGCAGUGGAACAGCCUCAGGAUGAGAACUGGGGCUGCUACGAUGCCAGCGUGCACCGCUGUGACUGCGACGAGUCGGAGGUGGGCUGUGCUGCGAAAGGCGCAGACCACACGUGGACGUCGGGAUGCAGAUCCUGUGCCUCGCAGGGCUCGUGCUACGAUGUCACGAGCCAUGCAGUCAGCUGCGAUGUGCCGGAGACGGCGUGUGCAUCGCCGAGCUCGUGGUAUGCUCCGGGGUACGUCUCUCCUCGGUCAGGUUGCUGCCACUGCAGGGCCUCCUGCCAAGCCACAUCGGAGAACUGCACGCACUACGACGAGAUUGACCCGCCGCAGCAGGAGACGGAGCGGUGGGGCUGCUACGACAUGGCCUCGCAUAGCUGCGAGUGCGACACAACGGAGGCGGCGUGCGCCGGGACUUGGACGAGGUCUUGCUCAAGUUGCGACGCGGAGGACAACGUCGCCACAUCGGGUGCGGCAACGAGGGGUGCCGUGGUUUCCCUGCUGGUGCUCCUUGCCAGCUUCUUCCUGACCGAGGCAGGCACUGGCUGUUACAACGUGGAGACCCACAAGUGCGACUGCAGCACUACGGAGUCGCAGUGCCAUGCCCAGCAAGGAGCCUGGACAGAUGGGUGCCGGUCUUGCGACGCAGUGACCAACGAGCAGCAUCCCGAGUGCCAGAAGCAGUACUCCUGGGGCUGCUUCGAUGAGGCCAGCCAUGCCUGCCAGUGCACGGUCUCCGAGCGAGCCUGCGACCUGGCGGACAACAAGUCCUGGACCCACGAGUGCUGGUCAUGCUGCCACGGCUCGUCCUGGGGCUGCUUCGUGCCGGGAGAUGGCCCGGAGUCUGGCUGCCACUGCAACAUCUACGAGGGUGCUUGCGCUCUGGAUUUUCCGGAUGCGACCUGGUCGCACCAGUGCUUUGAGUGCGAGGAGGAUCAAGAACGGGACAAUCUCGAGGAGCAGAGCAGUGGGAACAGCGACGACGCCGCCGUGAUUGCCGCUGUGGCCGUGUCCGCCACAGUCCUGGUAGCAGCCGCGGGAGUUGGCGUCUACUGCCUCAUCUCCAGGAUAUUGAAGCCAAAGCCCGUGAACGAGCCGUACAACAGCCCUCAAAUCGACAAGUCUGAUGUGGUGGUUGGCCGUGCAGUGCCUUCAGCUGGGACGGCUGGCUUGAGCGCCUCGGCUGGCAUGAGGCAGGAUGAGGUGACUGAGGGUCGCAUUUUGCUGCAAGUGCUGCUGUGCGCCCAGCUCUGCCCUCCCACGCCCGCUCCUCCCGCUACCCUUGAUGGCGCAGAGGAUGUUGCCACUGGUCGUGACCGCGAUGGUGAAUGUCGCCUUGGUAUCCGGGAGCUCGUCCGGACUGCGCACGCAGUGACCUGCAACGUGACGGAGUCGGCGUGCGAUGGCGGCAACAUGUGGUAUGCUCCCGGGUACGUGUCUCCGCGGAGUGGCUGCUGCCAUUGCCAGGCAUCCUGUGAGAACGUGUCGGACAGCUGCAGCUACUACGACGCAGUGGAACAGCCUCAGGAUGAGAACUGGGGCUGCUACGAUGCCAGCGUGCACCGCUGUGACUGCGCCCAGUCGGAGGUGGGCUGUGCUGCGAAAGGCGCAGACCACACGUGGACGUCGGGAUGCAGAUCCUGUGCCUCGCAGGGCUCCUGCUACGAUGUCACGAGCCAUGCAGUCAGCUGCGACGUGCCGGAGACGGCGUGUGCAUCGCCGAGCUCGUGGUAUGCUCCGGGGUACGUCUCUCCUCGGUCAGGUUGCUGCCACUGCAUGGCCUCCUGCCAAGCCACAUCGGAGAACUGCACGUACUACGACGAGAUUGACCCGCCGCAGCAGGAGACGGAACGGUGGGGCUGCUACGACAUGGCCUCGCACAGCUGCGAGUGCGACACAACGGAGGCGGCGUGCGCCGGGACUUGGACGAGGUCUUGCUCAAGUUGCGACGCGGAGGACAACGUCGCCACGUCGGGUGCGGCAACGAGGGGUGCCGUGGUUGCCCUGCUGGUGCUCCUUGCCAGCUUCUUCCUGACCGAGGCAGGCACUGGCUGUUACAACGUGGAGACCCACAAGUGCGACUGCAGCACCACGGAGUCACAGUGCCAUGCCCAGCAAGGAGCCUGGACGGACGGGUGCCGGUCUUGCGACGCAGUGAGCAACGAGCAGCAUCCCGAGUGCCAGAAGCAGUACUCCUGGGGCUGCUUCGAUGAGGCCAGCCAUGCCUGCCAGUGCACGGUCUCCGAGCGAGCCUGCGACCUGGCGGCCAACAAGUCCUGGACCCACGAGUGCUGGUCAUGCUGCCACGGCUCGUCCUGGGGCUGCUUCGUGCCGGGAGGUGGCCCGGAGUCUGGCUGCCACUGCAACAUCUACGAGGGUGCAUGCGCUCUGGAUUUUCCGGAUGCGACCUGGUCGCACCAGUGCUUUGAGUGCGAGGAGGAUCAAGAACGGGACAAUCUCGAGGGGCCGAGCAGUGGGAACAGCGAUGACGCCGCCGUGAUUGCCGCUGUGGCCGUGUCCGCCACAGCCCUGGUAGCGGCCGCGGGAGUUGGCGUCUACUGCCUCAUCUCCAGGAUGUUGAAGCCAAAGCCCGUGAACGAGCCGUACAACAGCCCUCAAAUCGACAACUCUGAUGUGGUGGUUGGCCGUGCAGUGCCUUCAGCUGGGACGGCUGGCACGGCUCUCAAGGAAUCUGCUUGA